GGUAAAAAACCACGAAGCGAGCUCAUUGAAAUCACAACAACUUUACAUAUUGUACUUACUCGCAUAUGUAAGACCACCGAGCGCCUUUGUUUGUUUGCACUGGCGUUUUGAACUUUUACACGCUUGCGGGCGCUUGCAGCCGAGCGCUCUACAGCCAACGACGACAGUUGUGAGAGUUGUGGCAUUGGUGUCGGUGUCAUGCAGUGACGUGACGCACUCAAAGCAAGCAAGACAAGGGCCACCACACAACAGAUAACACCAACAGAAGUCACUGUUGCGAGGACUUUGACGCGCGCUCUCUAUUUUCAUUCUUUCACUUACUUUAUUACACGGCAGUGCGGGUGUUUGGUGUUGUUGUUUCUUGUUUUUUGUUUUUUUGCUUGACUUGCCUUUCCUUUGUCUUUUGACCAUGUUCAAGUUGAUUUGUGGUCGGUGCUGCUAUGUGUUGGCAGCGAGUGUGGCACACAGUCGUGACAAGCGAACAAAAUAACAAUGGCGAAUGAGGCGAGUGAUUAAAAACGGCACAAAUGCCUUUGGCUGAAAAGUGUAGCAAAGAAUUUGCAAUUUGCUGUGUGAAAUUUGAAAAUAAUUUAAAGUGUACUAAAGGUGUAAGAGAAGUGGUUUUAUAGAAAGAAAGUUGAAGAAAACACACGUUUCUGCUCUUCGCGCAUAAAAGUAGGCAGUGAAAAAUGCCAGGCAGCGACAUUGAUUAGCGUUAAAUUUUGGUGUUUAGUAAAAGCUUUGUUGUGUUACCACAACAAUGUGUGUACAGUAACUUGCUAAAAGUUCGGUGAAAAUGGCAAAAACAAAACACUCAAUGAACGUAGCUCGGAAAUUUGUUUUCCCCAAACAUAUGUAAUUCUUGUAGCAUACUUUGAGGCGCUUAACCAACAUUGAACCACUAUGAAAUCCUUGACCUAAACCAAUGCCGUCACUGCAACUGCAACUGAAACUUCAACAAAACCAAAGCAUAUCGACGGCAACGAGACAAGUUCAUGUAACAAAAACAACAACAAAGCAACAAUAACAAAGACGGAAAUAGCAACUACAAAUUAGACACACAUACAAGGAAACUGCUAAUUUAACUAACGGCACUAAUGUUGUCUUCUAAACCAAAGUUACCCAACAAAAUAUAUAGAUUUCCUGCUAAAGACAUUCCGCAGCUGGGGAUAGCGCACACAUUCCCAUGCAAAUGGUUGCCCGUCCUCGGCGGCUCCGCGUUUGCUGCACUCUACGUCUUCGUCGAAAAGUUAAAACACACAGCGCUUACAUAAAUGUUAAUAACGGCAAAUUAAGUGCAACACAGCCAACGAAGGCAGCUAUAAACAUUACAAAAACACUAACAACAACAACAAGUUCUCUAACUUUAACGCAUAGCGCAACAACAAAAGCGCAGCGCAGCCACAACAGCGCGUCAGCUGUGCGUAGCAUAAGAAGCUUAGCAUAUGCGUGCAGGCCGCAACGGCCAGCUGAGUUAAAAUCGGUGCAACGCCAGUGUAAGUGCACACCAACACAGCUGACUGUGUGCGCUUGCAACAACAGCCAGCGCCGCGGUAUUAACGCUUGCGUCCAACUAACAACCGAACGCCUCGCUUUAAACUUAAUUUCCCACGGGUUUGUUGUUGUUGCUGUAUCCUUAACGGUAUUGCUAGAACGUUGCUGCAGCCGGUUCAUCAUAUCAAGGACCACAGCCAGAAGUAAAGCUCAAACUAUUAUCCAACGCACACGCACACCGACACCUACACCGACAGCCAAUUCAUUGCGGCUGGCUGCUGGCAAAUCCCAUUGGCCACAAGCGCUACACACGACGCCGCCAUCAACAAUGGGCUCAUGUUUGGGGCGCUGUGUGUCGAAGGAUGUUAAUGGCGGCGGUGUGGCCUCCACCGCAACAUCCUGUUUGUGGCGUCAGCAGCAACAUGCAACAGAUGAACAAGAAGCGGAACUCGUGUCGAAUGCGAGCGACAAUUGCCCGAGAGAGAAUUUCAUAUAUCGCAUUAUUAAGUUCAAAACGAAGCAAAAACGACCACAGUUCAUUGACAAAUUCUGGGAGCAACAGGAUAUGCAAUAUACGAAAUUGCCUAAUAGAAGUGGCAGUGAGGGCCUCUCCGACAUACAGCUGCAGAACCUCGACGUACACAAUUUACUCAGCAACACCAUUCUCGCCAAAGAGUCAGCGCUCAAUUACUGUUUGACCGAAGCUCAAUAUGCCGCGGCCAGCUCGCGGGCCAGCUCCUCGCUCGAUCUGGAAUGGGAGCACGAGUAUGCGCACAUGCGCCAACUCUAUCAGCCGCCACCGCACACGCACCGCAGCACACAGUCGCUAAUUAACGGCAGCACGCUCAACAGCAACAACAACCUCGCGCAAUUUACCAAUUCGAAUAACACACCAACUCAUCAUUUGCACACGCUCAACAACAACCAGCACACGAAGAGUCUGAGCAAACGUAGCCACACUUACGAUAAUCACCCGCUGCACGUGCAACUCAACGAUUCAUGGCAAUAUCUGAGCAACGACGAUGAGCAACUCAGCUCAAUGGCUUCAUACACGCAAUCGCAGUCGCUACCGCAUGCGCCACUAAACACCGCCGCAAUGGCGCUGGCGACGGCCAGAGCUGUAGAGCGCGGUGAGCAACGCAUGCGCACGCGUCGCGUCGCACCGCCACCGAUCAACGAACGACGCAACAGUUCCUUUACACGCACCUCCUCGUCGCACAACUCAUGGUCGCAUAUCUCGACGCCGGAGUCGCUCGAGUGGGAUCAGGAUGAGGAGCAGCAGCGGCAGCUGCGUGUGGAAGAUGACAACUUGGACGACGAGACGCUCGAGCUGCUGCAUCAGAUUGAGCAGUUGAAGAACCGCGUGUUAGACGAAACCGGCGAUGGACUCUACGAUGAUGGACUGAUGAUAGCUGCGGGGGAGAGCGAAGCGGGCGAGGGUAUACAAUUCAUGAUCGGUGGUCAGUACAGCGCCGAGGAUGGACGCAAAGAUAUCAGUUGAUCAUGUGCAUGCGCCUUUUGGGUCAUAAGGGGAAUUUGAGGUGGAGUUACGUAGGUUUGCAGAGUAUAUCAAUUACGGAUUGGAAUGUACUGUAUAAACAAGUGCCUAGACUAAAGUAUCAUUAUAUAUUACAAAUAAUAUUUAAUUACAGUUACUGUUAAUGUUAGUCCACAAUAUAGAUAUUACGCGAGGUCAUGGCAAUAUACGCGAGAUAAAAAUCUGUUAGAGAGGCGUGAGUUGGGGUGCUGGAGAGUGUGAAUUAUAACGGCUGCCUGAAAGGUUUUUGAACACUACCCAGCUCAAAAAUAAAAAUAACUGCACUGGAAAGGGCAUUCCUAAACCAGUCACAAUUUGAGAUCCCAGAAACCUUUACAGAUUUGAAUACCUCUCACGUGACAGUCAUUAUGGUCCCACAUCUCUCGAAAGCUUUUUGAUCUAUACACCAACUUACGUUAGAAUGCACAUAUCGGUUGAGAAUUACAGGCUAAUUGAAGGAAAUUUAAACAUCUUAAAAUCGUCAUAAUUGCCAUGACCCUUGUGUCUCAUAUGAGUGUUAUCAAAAUUCAAUUAUGUAUGAACGUUAUAAAAUCGAAAGUCGAAGUAUAAAUGUGCAGUUAAAUCUUUAAUAAAUUAUUGUAGUUGUAACGUAUCAUAGUGUUUAGAAGACUUCCAAAGCAAGUAAUAAUGUUGAAAAAUAGACAGCGUUAGGUAAGCUAAUAUUUUUUCAUAGUCCAAACAUAGCCUUCAGAUUGCACCAUUUAAAGUAUGUGACUAUUUUUUAUUGAUUACAAAUUAUAGUAAUUUAAAUAAAAUUACAACUUUAACCUUAAUAUGCACCAUGCGGUCUGAGAGACCAUUUUGAUUUUCUUAUUUUAUUUCAUUAAUUAUGAUAUCUUCCCUUAUCGGUUCCAAUGCGCUCUCAAUAAAUUAGAAAUGUAUGCUUUCAAAAUAGUACUUUCGA